CAGUGCCUUGUACUCGUGUAGAUUUGACAAAAGAAUUUCUUAACUACCGCAAAGAUUAUUUUGUUUCUGAAAAAAGUGGAGGAAAUUAUUGAAAGAAAUUAAAAAAAAAAAAAAAUACUAUUUAACCCAAAGUGCCGAUGACAACGUAGUAGUUUUUCGUCGAGAGAAUAUUCAUAACAGUGAUGAUAAUUCAACGAUUGAUAAUUACAACGUAAUUAUAACGUCGUAAACUAAGAGAGAAUAAGAAGAAUAAAAAACGCCACAAACUUAAAAAAAAAAAAAUUUCCUCAAAAAGACAAGAAUAAGAAAACUCUGAAAAAAAUCUCUUUCUGGCAUAUCUCGCCGUCCUUAUUUCUCAACAACUUCACUUCCACGGAUACCCGUCUCUCCGCCACAGUCCUCAAGUCCCUGGUUGGUUGAUUGGUAGUUUUAAGUUUGUGUGCGAGCUCCGCGCUCAGAAGUUCAGGCCUCGCUCACCGACCGCAACGUUGCCAGAUUUUCAAUAUUCUCUACAAGCCGCGCUCUCUCUCGUCGUCGACAGCGUUGACUUGCUCGUCGCUGCUUCCAGUCACACAUAAAAACCCGUCUGUGUAGGUACGAGCACGUACACACAGAGGGAGAAGUUAAACCGUGAGCUGGUCACUUAACUGCGCGGGCGCGUCAAGUCCUCGAGGUUCCUACCACGCGAGAAAGAGAAGCAUCGAAGAGAGGUUUGAUCAUCAUCGCGGUCGUCGUCGUUUCGUGAAUAGGAGUUUUCUUCCGUGCCGAGAUAAAGUGUAACAGAAGAGAAGUGCGCAAUAUAAACACAGCGAUAACCGUUCAAGUACUAUUCAGUAAUCUUUCUAGAAAUUGGGCGAGAAGUGAAAGAAGUCGAGGAAGCCCGCGCAUUUUUCUUUCUCGUCCAUUCCGACUCGGCUGACGCUGUGUGCGUGCGUACAUGCAUACGUGUGUACGAAGCUAGUUCGGAAACCUCGAGUGUAGUCGCGCAUCGGUGUUAAGUGCGUACGUGUUUACGCGGGUCCGUGUGAUAAAUAGUUCCGUGUGAUUUCACGCUCGUGUUCAAGUGGUGGAAUUUGUGUUCAAAGUAGUGGGAUUUGGUGUUUCAAGCACAGAGUCUCGACUUUUGACCGUGUGAUUAACACCGAAUACCGAUUCGACUCAGUGUGUGAUCCACAGCAACGCGAUCCUUCGCCUGUAAAAAUCCACACGAGAAACAGAUAUUCCCAAGUACGUGAGAGAAAGUGUCCCGAUACCGCCAUCCAAAGUAUUCUAAACGUUUCCGUACAAUAUUGUCGACAAUAAUCAUCGUGAAAACCGUCUAAAUCGAGGUUGGAACCUUUGGGAAAUGGAUAUUUGAGUGAAUAAGAAGAGGUCUGAGCAGCGAUAAAAGAGGCGGACAUUUUGAACGACGUUAGUUCGUCCGUCUCUUUCCCACCUUCUGGCCGAGUCCGGCAAUAGAAGAGGCGUGUGAUAAUCGUUGUGUGUCGUCGUAGCUGCGCGCGCGGGGCGAGAUUCGCGCCCGUGUUGGUGAGUCGCGAGUUCGUGUGUCUUGUGUUUGCCUGUCGGUGCCCAGCGCGGCUGGGUAAUCGGGCCGAGACUAGGCGGUGGACUGAGACGAGCGACUCGCGUGUGCUGACUAAGAGACUCGCGGAGCGCCGCGCCGCGGCGAUAAGGGGUACCCAAGGGGCGAGAGAUAUGAGCGCGCGAGUUUUGAACCCGAUGCUAAUGACGGAAAUGGGCCGGAGUUCGGCGGGCGGUUUGCAGCAGGGUCGCGGCCGCGUCGUGCCGACGAAGGCUGAGCUGGCCCCGGUCCGACGGGACCUUUUCGGGCCCAUCGAUCACGCGGCGGCCCGCGCCCUUGCGGAGCGUGAGCUGCAGGCCCAGUCGCGUCUCGACGCGGAGCGAUGGGGCUUCGAUUUCCAGUCAGGGGUGCCGCGAUGCUCGGCAAGGUACGCCUGGGAGGUCGUCGCGCCAACGGAGGUCGUCCCCGAGCCCUACGCCCUCCGCGGGAUGCCCUACCUGCGGAAACACGCCCCCGGCACACCACGCAAAGCGAGCAAGGCCAAGACGGCCACCCUCGCGGUUAGCGAGGAGAAGCCUGCGUCCAUCACGACCACCACCGUAAUCGCGAGGAACGCCGAGAUGACGCCGCCCCAGGAGCACCGCGUUCCUGACAUCGACGAUCGGUCCGACGGUGAAACCACUCCCGACGGCAGUCGUCGUCGCGACGAAGAACGCGAACUCGACGAGGUCAGGCUCAAACAGUCCCUCGACGAUCCGACCACUCCCGUUCUGCCACACGCCGCGAGGAAACAGUCGACGAUCACCGACUUUAUGAAGAGUCGCAAGCGUUCGUUGAAAGGCACGUCGUCGAAGAGCGGCAGCAUCACGAUGGAACCACCGGAAAAAAUAUCCCGUAAUGAGGGACAAAUACGCAGCUAAGAGAGAAAUGCAGCUACGCGCGUAUAUAUACAUACAUAUAUAUAUAUAU